UGCGCGCGGGCGUGCCUCUGGAUGCGCGCGCCCGUCCGCUGAGCCAUCGGGUCUUCAGCAGUCUGCUCCCAGGGAGGCUCUCCUCACACCAGAACCUCCGGUCCGGAUCCCGGAGCUCCAGCUCCGGUUCUCUCUGCCCGUCUGAGGGGCGCGGCUGCAGCCGGACGAUGCUCUCCUCCUGCGGGGAACCCGCGCUCUCCUCCGGCGUCCUGCGCCCAGGAUGCUGCUCCGUGGAGCCGGGGCUGCUCCCCUCCUCUGCCCGCUGAACUUGGACCAUCUGCGGGGAUUAAACAUUUGUCGGUGCCGCUCCCUGCCGCCCCGGCUCCUCGGCUCCUCGGCUCCUCGGCUCUCUCCGGAGCGGCCCGACCCUCCCCGGUGGGAACCAGCCGCCUCCGUUAUUCGGUGGAUAAUUGCUCUCCCCGCUGCGGCUCCUUCUCCAGCUCCUGCGCUCUGGUGGAGAUGAUGUGAGGAGGGACCACCGCCGGGGGAGAGGAUGGGAGGAUUAUCCUGCAGUGGGAUUAUAUUUCCAGGAUCAGGGAUGGAGCCGUGCCCCGCUGGCUGAGCCCGGCUGAGUGGGUUUGGACCGGCCAGGAACUUUCCACUCCAGAUUUACCCACGUCUGCCUCCAGAAUUCAUCCGGGAAGGGGAAACGCCCCUCCUCAGGUCCAGACCGGAGCCCUCCUGGUUCAGAACCAGAGAAAAGUUGAUGAAACAGGAGGAUCCGACAGGGUGGUGGCCGGUUCUGGUUCUGGUUCUGGUUCUGAGCCUGCAGAGAUUCAGCCCUGACCAAUAAGAAAAGCCACCAGCUGUCAGAACCUUCUCUGUGUUCUCCACAGGUUUAAAGAUCUUAGAGGUUUCAUCGUGGAGGAGUCAGAACCGGGCCUCUGUUCUGGUUCUGAAGAGGUCCAGUCCAGCCUCGCCUCUUCUUCUCUGAACCUUUGUCUGAUUUAAAUAAAAACAUUAUCCAGUAAAAAAUAAGAAUCAGAGGAAAUCUGUUGCCUUGAACCGGAAUGACCGGAUUUUUGUAGUGACAGAACCAGAACCAGAACCACCCACACUGUUAAAGAGCUCCAUCCUUCUGUUCUGGAGGAUCCUGAACAAUAUCCAGAACCAGAGCACCAGAAGGAGGAAGAGGAGGAGGAGGAGGAGGAGGACAGCGGGUCCCGUCAGAUGAGGGAGCAUGUCGGACCGGACCGCCCCGGGCUGCCGCCUCAGACUGGACUGGGUCUACGGGUACCGGGGCCACCAGUGCCGCAACAACCUCUUCUACACCGCCGGCAAGGAGCUGGUGUACUUCGUGGCCGGGGUGGGCGUGGUCUACAACACCAGGGAGCACAGCCAGAGGUUCUACCUGGGUCACAACGAUGACAUCAUCAGCCUGGCGUUGCACCCAGAGCGCUCCCUGGUGGCCACUGGGCAGGUGGGGAAGGAGCCCUACGUGUGCGUCUGGGACUCCUUCACCGUGCAGACCGUCUCACUGCUGAGGGACGGACACACGCACGGCGUCGCCUGCCUGGCCUUCAGCGCCGACGGACAGAGGCUGUCGUCCGUUGGGUUGGAUGCUAAGAACACCGUCUGCAUCUGGGAAUGGAAGAAGGGGAAGAUCCUGGCCACAGCCAGCGGACACUCAGACAGGAUCUUUGACAUCUGCUGGGACCCGUUCCAGCAGAACCGUCUGGUGAGCUGCGGAGUCAAACACAUCAAGUUCUGGUCCCUCUGUGGGAACGCGCUCAGCCCAAAGAGAGGCAUUUUUGGGAAGACGGGCGACCUGCAGACCAUCCUGUGUGUGGCGUCAGCUAAAGAAGACAUCACGUACUCUGGAGCGCUCAACGGAGACAUCUACGUGUGGAAAGGACUCAAUCUGAUGCGGACGGUUCAGUCCGCCCACGGGGCUGGGAUCUUCAGCAUGUAUUCCUGCGAGGAGGGCUUCGCCACUGGAGGCAGAGACGGAUGCGUCCGGCUGUGGGACGUCGACUUCAAACCCAUCACCAAGAUCGACCUGCGGGAGGCGGAGCAGGGAUACAAAGGUCUGUCCAUACGAAGCGUCUGCUGGCGAGCCGACCGCAUUCUGGCAGGAACUCAGGACAGCGAGAUCUUUGAGGUGAUGGUGCGGGAGCGCGACAAGCCGCUGCUCAUCAUGCAGGGACACAGCGAGGGUGAACUCUGGGCCCUGGACGUCCAUCCCAAAAAGCCUCUGGCUGUAACCGGCAGCGACGACCGCUCCGUCAGGUUGUGGAGUCUGGCCGACCACGCCCUCAUCGCCCGCUGCAACAUGGAGGAGGCGGUCCGCAGUGUGGCGUUCAGCCUGGACGGAUCCCAGCUGGCUCUGGGAAUGAAGGACGGAUCCUUCACCGUCCUGAGAGUCAGAGACAUGACGGAGGUUGUCCAUAUCAAGGACAGGAAGGAGGUGAUCCAUGAGAUGAAGUUCUCUCCAGAUGGAACGUAUCUUGCUGUCGGCUCCAAUGAUGGACUGGUGGACAUCUACGCUGUUGCCCAGAGAUACAAGAAGGUGGGAGAAUGCAGUAAAUCCAGCAGCUUCAUCACACACCUGGACUGGUCUGUGGACGGGAAAAUCCUGCAGAGCAACGACGGCGCAGGAGAACGCCUCUUCUACCGGAUGCCCAUGGGGAAACCAAUCAUCAACAAAGAGGAGGUGAAAGGUCAGCACUGGGCGUCCUGGAGCAGCGUGCUGGGGUCAGAGGUCAGCGGUAUCUGGCCCAAAUACUCCGACUCAACGGCGAUCAACGCCGUGGACGCCAACCUGGCAGCUGCUGUGCUUGUCACCGGAGACGACCUUGGUCUGGUUAAACUCUACCGCUUUCCCUGCAUCAGGAAAGGAGCCAAAUUCAGGAAGUACAUUGGUCACUCGGCCCAUGUGACCAACGUGCGCUGGUCCAGUGACCAACAGUGUGUCCUCACCACAGGCGGAGCCGACCACGCCCUCUUCCAGUGGAGGUUCCUCCCUGAGGAGGUGAUGAAUGGAGGAGUGGAGGUCAACACACAAGAGACUCACGGCGACUCCAACAGCGAGGAGUCUGACAGCGACGUCUCUGACGUCCCGGAGCUGGACUCUGACAUCGAGCAGGAGACGCAGAUAAACUACGAGCGACAGGUUUACAAGGAGGACCUGCAUCAGCUGCAGCAGCAGAGCAGAGAGAAGAAGCAGCAGGUCGGCUCUCUGAAGAGGCAGAGAGCUCCGGACCAGGGCCUCCGGCUGCAGUUCGUUCACGGCUACCGAGGCUACGACUGCAGGAACAACCUGUUCUACGCCCAGAGCGGGGAGGUGGUGUUCCACGUAGCAGCGGUGGCCGUGGUCUACAACCGGCAGCUGCACAGCCAGCGGUUCUACCUGGGCCACGACGACGACAUCCUGAGCCUGAGCGUCCAUCCGCUGAAGGACUACGCCGCCACAGGACAGGUGGGCAGAGACCCGGCCGUCCACGUGUGGGACGUCCAGACUCUGAAGUGUCUGUCUCUGCUCAGGGGUCACCACCAGAGGGGUGUGUGUGCGCUGGACUUCUCAGCUGAUGGGAAGACUCUGGUUUCGGUCGGCGUGGACGACGGACACUCCAUGGUGGUCUGGGACUGGAAGCGAGGAGAGAAACUGGCCACGACCCGGGGACACAAGGAGAAGAUCUUUGUGGUGAGGACUAACCCCAUGGUGAUGGACAGGCUGGUGACCGUGGGAAUCAAACACAUCAGGUUCUGGCAACAUGCAGGGGGCGGUCUGACCUUCAGGCGUGGUGCGUUCAGGAGCGUCGGCCGUCCGGAGACCAUGAUGUCGGUGUGUUACGGCCGCAGCGAGGCGCUGGUGUUCUCUGGAGCCGCCACCGGAGACGUCUACAUCUGGAAGGAGCCGGUGCUGCUGAAGACGGUGAAGGCUCAUGAUGGGCCGGUGUUCGCCAUGUUCUCCCUGGACAAGGGUUUUGUGACGGGUGGGAAAGACGGAGUGGUGGAGCUGUGGGACGACAUGUUUGAGCGCUGCCUGAAGACCUACGCCAUCAAGAGGACAGCCCUGUCCCCAGGGUCCAAAGGCCUUCUGCUGGAGGACAACCCGUCCAUCAGAGCCAUCAGUCUGGGUCACGGUCACAUCCUGGUGGGCACCAAAAACGGAGAGGUUCUGGAGAUCGACAAGACCGGGCCCAUGACCCUGCUGGUGCAGGGCCACAUGGAGGGAGAGGUCUGGGGUCUGGCUGCUCACCCCCUCCUUCCUGUCUGCGUCACCGUCAGCGAUGAUAAAACCCUUCGCCUGUGGGAGACGUCAGCCAAUCACCGCAUGGUGGCCGUCCGCAAGCUGAAGAGAGGCGGCCGCUGCUGUUCCUUCUCCCCUGAUGGCAAAGCGCUGGCGGUGGGACUGAGCGACGGCGGCGUUCUGGUGGUCAACGCUGACACGCUGGAGGAUCUGCUGAGCUUCCACCAUCGCAGAGACGCUAUUUCUGACAUCCGCUUCAGCCCAGAUCCUGGUAAAUACCUGGCCGUGGCGUCACAUGACAGCUUUGUGGACAUCUACAACGUGUUGAGCACCAAGAGAGUCGGGAUCUGCAAAGGAGCCUCCAGCUACAUCACACACAUCGACUGGGACACCCGAGGCAAACUGCUGCAGGUCAACACCGGAGCCAAGGAGCAGCUUUUCUUUGAAGCCCCCAGAGGAAGACGACAAAGCAUCCAGAACUCUGAGCUGGAGCGGACCGAGUGGUCCAGUUGGACCUGUGUUCUGGGUUCCAGCUGUGAGGGAAUCUGGCCGACUCACAGCGACAUCACCGACGUCAACGCAGCGUCUCUGACCAGAGACCGGACGCUGCUCGCCACCGGAGACGACUUUGGCUUCCUCAAAGUGUUCAGCUACCCCGUCAGAGGUCAGUACGCCCGGUUUAAGCGGUACGUGGGACACAGCGCUCAGGUGACCAACGCCCGCUGGGCUCAGGAUGACUCCGCCCUGCUGACGGUGGGCGGAGCCGACACGGCUCUGAUGAUCUGGGCCAGGGAGCGAGGAGGAUGGAUCCACAGGGAGCUGGAUCCUCCUCCAGCUGUGGACAGCGAGGAGUCUGAGGACGACGUGGAGGAGGAUGGAGGUUAUGACAGUGAUGUUGCCAGAGAGAAGACGGUGGAUUACGUCAGUAAAAUGUACGCCGUCAGCAUCAGAGAGAUGAGAGGAAGCAAACCUCACCAGCAGCAGAGGGAGCUGUCUGCUGAGGAGAGGGGAUCCAGGCCUCCGGUGAGUCGAGCAGCACCGCAGCCAGAGAAACUCCAGAAGAACAACGUGUCCAAGAAAAAGAGACUGGUCGAGGACCUGGUGUUGGACCACGUCUUUGGUUUCAGGGGCUUUGACUGUCGGAAUAACCUGCACUACCUCAACGACGGCUCUGACAUCGUCUAUCACACUGCUGCCACUGCCAUCGUCCACAGUCUCAGCAACGGAACUCAGAGUUUCUACCUGGAACACACCGAUGACAUCCUGUGUCUGACCGUCAACCAGCAUCCAAAAUACAAAAACGUCAUUGCGACCGGACAGAUCGGUGACAUCAGUGAAAUCCCAGGCACCAAUCCGUCUAUCCACGUCUGGGAUGCGAUGAGCAAGCAGACUCUGUCCAUCCUCCGCUCGCCGCACACCAAAGGAGUCGGCUACGUCAACUUCAGCGCCACGGGGAAGCUGCUGCUGUCGGUCGGAGUCGAACCUGAACACACCAUCACCGUGUGGCGCUGGCAGGAAGGCUCCAGGCUCUGCAGUAAGGCUGGACACCCUGACCGGAUCUUCGUGGUGGAGUUCAGGCCGGACUCAGACUCCCAGUUUGUUUCUGUGGGAAUCAAGCAUGUGAAGUUCUGGACUCUGGCUGGAGGGGCUCUGAUGUACAGGAAAGGGGUGGUGGGGACGGUGGAGGACGGCCGCAUGCAGACCAUGCUGUCCGUGGCCUUUGGUGCUAAUAACCUGACGUUUACCGGCGCCAUCAACGGGGACGUGUACGUGUGGCGAGAUCACUUCCUGCUGAGGGUGGUGGCCAAGGCUCACACAGGGCCGGUGUUCGCCAUGUACACCACGCUGAGAGACGGACUCAUCGUCACUGGAGGGAAGGAGCGGCCGACGAAGGAGGGUGGAGCGGUGAAGCUCUGGGAUCAGGAGAUGAAGCGCUGUCGGGCCUUCCAGCUGGAGACGGGUCAGCAGGUGGAGUGUGUCCGAUCCGUCUGCAGAGGAAAGGGAAAGAUCCUGGUGGGCACCAAGGAUGGGGAGAUCCUGGAGGUUGGGGAGAAGAACGCAGCAUCCAACCUGCUGCUGGACAGCCACGCCCGGGGGGGGAUCUGGGGUCUGGCUGCUCAUCCGGUCAAAGAGCUCUGCAUCACCGCCAGCGACGACGCCACCAUCAGGCUGUGGGACCUCAGCGACAAGAAACUGCUGAACAAAGUGUGCGUCAGCCACGCCGCCCGCUGCGUCAGCUACAGCUCAGACGGGGAGAUGCUGGGGGUGGGGAUGAAGAACGGAGAGUUCCUCCUCCUCCUCUCUAACUCCCUGAAGAUGUGGGCCAAGAAACGAGACCGCUGCGCCAGCCUCCAGGACCUCCGCUUCAGUCCUGACCGGCGGCUGCUGGCCGUCGGCUCGGUGGAGAACACGGUGGACGUGUACGACAUGAGCGGUGGACCGAGUCUGAACCGGCUGGUUUACUGCAGCGACGUUCCUGCUUUCAUCCUGCAGCUGGACUUCUCUGCAGACAGCUGCUACAUUCAGGUGUCAACCGGAGCCUACCAGCGGCUGGUAUUUGAGGUUCCUUCAGGGAAGCUGCUGAGUGAUCAGAACACCAUCGACAGAAUCACCUGGGCCACAUGGACCAGCAUUCUGGGAGAUGAAGUUCUGGGAAUCUGGCCCCGAAACGCCGACAAAGCUGACGUGAUCUGUGCGUGUGUGUCUCACGCCGGCCUGAAUGUGGUCAGCGGGGAUGACUUUGGAUUGGUCAAACUGUUUGACUUCCCCUGCAUGGAGAAAUUUGCCAAACACAAGCGCUACCUCGGCCACUCGCCUCACGUGACCCAGAUCCGCUUCUCCCACAACGACGAAUACGUGAUCAGCACCGGGGGAGACGACUGCAGUGUCUUUGUGUGGAAAUGUCUGUAAACGUUGGGAUCUAAAACACCUCAACAGAACCACAAGUCUGUCCAGAGUGGGUCAAGGUUUCUCUUUCCACAAAGCUCCAAAGAGACGCUGCUCUGCUGAUGUUCACAGAUGUUCAGGUAUCUCCACGUGGGAUCAGGGUGGACUCUGCAGCGCCUACUAGAGGAGGAGAGAAGUGUGAACCGGUGGAGAUCAGAAUUUCUGAUGUGAGCUUAAAGCAGCAGGUUGUCUCUAACUGGACUCUGUAGAUCUGGUUUAUUUAUCACUCUCACCUUAAAAUCAACCCUGCAGGCCUCUGAAGAGAACCAGAUUGAUGCUGCAGUCCGUUUGCCUCAGAACUUUAAUCUAGGAAUAUUAUCACCCUGAACAGAACUGUGAUCCAGAGACUGAUGAGAAAACCAGUUUGGUUUCCUGGUCCUUGAGCUCGGUCAGCAGGCUAACUACUGUUAGCAAUGCAAGCUAAUAAACAAGGUGCUUCCUUGUAUUUGAUGCUUUCCAACCUGAAGGAACAUUUUCACUAACAUGUUGAUUUUCAAUGUGACUGACUUAAUGAGGUUUAAGACAUCUGGAGCUCAAAUGAUCAGCUUGUUGCUGCAACUUUCACCGUGUUUAAUGCAGACAGCAGCCAUGUUGGAUCAGAUAAUGGGAUGGAAGCUCAGAUCUACGUCUGGGUCCAAAAGGACCGCAUCAGAACUGUUAAACAAACCACAAGGAGGUGGGAAGAUUUAAAUGACUCACUGAUAUCAUCCAGAGAAGAAGAAGAGACUGUGAGGUUCAACCGGGCCUUCUGCCUCUGAAGCAUCAAGCUGAUCUCCAGCUGGUCUGUAAAUCAUCUGGAAAUGAUCAGAACCUCGGCUCUGGUGGCCUGUUGCUCCGGUUUCACACAUCCUGGUAAAAAAAUGCUGUUUUCCAUGAGUCCUUCCAUCCUGGCAGGUCAGACUGAAGCAGAAAACUGUCAGAGAAUGGAAAAAAAAAAUGUUUACAGGUUGAUUUAUAAACAUCUGAUGAUGUUAAAAUAUUAAUUAAACAUCCAUAAACAGGAACUUCCAGAUGUUAUAUUUUAAAGCUAAAUAAUGAAACUACCAGAGGAGGCAUGAAAAUAGGAAACCGUUUUAUUUCAAUAAAAAACAGAAAUAUCUGGACCAACAAUCAAAGAAUCCUGAUUAUGAUGAAGCUUCAUGUUCAGGAUUCGAUUCUGUUUCAGGUCCAGUUUCUGUUGGUUCUGAUCCAAUCAGCAUGUUUAGAAGGUUCUGAAGUUUCAGUGAACUUUGACGGCUUCUUGGAUCAGAGACACUGAGAAGACUUUCAUGACUUUUAUGUCUCCAGAAACUUCUGUCUUUUCCUGAGAAAACAAACAGAUAAUCAGUCUUCUUGUCUGAGAGUCUUCGCUGCAUCUGGACAUCAUCUCCCUGAAGUGCCUUUCUGGAUCUUUCUACCUGUAUUUGUCUCAUUUAUUGUGGACCGGGUCAGGAUUUCAUACGUUGUGUCUCUUUAUUUCUGUAAAUCAAUCCUUGGAUGUGUGUUUUUGUCCUCUGUCUGGUGCUACUCUCUGAAUGUUCCUCCUGAUUGGACAGAAAAGGCUUUUAGCUUUGCUGCAGCUUUUAGUCUGAAACACAUCCAAAGCAUCGUGUCCAUCCCCAGAGAGAAGAUGAUGAACUGGAAGAUCUCCAUGUUGUUUCUGCCUGAUGUGAACAUGUGGAUGAAUAUUAUCUGUUGUUGUGAAACAAGGACUCUGUUUGUGUAGAAAUGAGCAGAAGAAAAAGAUCCAACAGGU